CGCAUGCGCUGAUUGGACCCUGCCGCUCCCUCUCCCGCUGCUGCCGCUGCCACGGGGUUGUCGGGGCGCCGGGACCGUCCCCUUCCCUUUCUCCGUCCCUGUCCCGCUGCGGGGCCGCGGCGCCGCAUUGCGUUCUGGGAGGCGACUCGGCCGCGCGGGGAGGGCGUCCGGCGGCGGCAGGAAGAAGCGGGACCCGGCGCAGAUUACAAUGAGUGCACCAAAUAAAGCGUUGGAACUACAGCUGCAAAUAAAGCAAAAUGCUGAAGAGCUUCAGGAUUUUAUGAGAGAAUUGGAGAGCUGGGAAAAAGAUAUUAAAGAAGUGGAUUCUGAACUAAGGAAACAGAGCGGUGUCCCAGAAGAGAAUUUGCCACCAAUUCGAAACAAGGCUUUUAAGAAAAAUAAGAAAAGCAAAAGUAAAGUCCCUUCAAAGAUAACCACUGAGGAGAACAAGAAAAACAAAAUCAAGUCUUAUGAUUAUGAAGCAUGGGGAAAACUUGAUGUGGAUAAGAUACUUGAAGAACUUGAUAAAGAAGAUAGUAUUCAUGAUUCUGUAUCUCCAGAAUCAGACUCUGAAGAAGAUGGAAUCCGUAUAGAUGCAGAAAAAGCUCUUGCAGAGAAGGAAAAGGGUAAUAACUAUUUUAGACAAGGGAAUUUUGAUGAAGCUAUAAAAUGCUACACUAGAGGGAUGCAUUCUGAUCCAUACAAUCCAGUAUUGCCCACAAACAGAGCAUCGGCUUUUUAUAGAAUGAAAAAGUUUUCUGUUGCAGAAUCUGACUGCAAUUUAGCACUUGCUUUAGAUAAAAAUUACACAAAGGCUUAUGCCAGAAGAGGGGCUGCUCGCUUUGCUUUGAAAAAUCUUCAAGGUGCUAAAGAAGAUUAUGAAAAAGUUUUAGAGCUGGAUGCAAACAAUUUUGAAGCAAAAAAUGAACUGAAGAAAAUUGAUCGGGCUCUGUCAUCAAAAGAAAGUUCUGAACAGAAAGAGUUUGAAGACAUGGUCAGACCAGAAUUAACAGACGAAGAGAAGAAGCGCAUUGAAGAGCAGCAGCUCAAGCAGAAGGCUAUUACAGAGAAGGAUCUGGGUAAUGGUUAUUUCAAAGAAGGAAAGUAUGAGUCUGCAAUAGAAUGCUAUACCCGUGGUAUAGCAGCAGAUGGCACCAAUGCACUUCUGCCAGCUAACAGAGCCAUGGCCUAUCUAAAGAUUGAAAAGUAUGAAGAGGCAGAAAAUGACUGUACCCAAGCUCUGCUCUUAGAUGCCUCCUAUUCUAAAGCCUUCGCCAGAAGAGGAGCUGCCAGAGUUGCUCUUGGAAAGCUAAAAGAAGCUAUUCAAGAUUUUGAAGCUGUUCUGAAGCUGGAACCUGGAAAUAAACAAGCAAUAAAUGAACUCACUAAAAUAAGGAAUGAAUUAGCUGAGAAAGAACAGUGGACUCAUCAAGAAUAUCCUGCAGUAUUGAUAAAAGAAACAGAAAUAAAAAAUAUAGUGAAACUGAUUGAUAAUCCAUUGCAUCUGAAAUCAACAAAGCCUCUGCAAAGAAUACCCAUUGAAGAAAUUGAUGAUGACACACCAAAUAGUGAUGUGCCCAGCUCUACUGCUUUCAUCAAUAACUGGAGGAAUUCAGUGAGUGUUGAAACAACAGAGAGUCUGGAUCAGAAUGAUCAGUUGACUACAACAGACGUUCCAAAAGCAAAGCACUUGAAAAUAGAAGAAAUCAGUGAUACAUCACCAUUAGAGCUUCCUGCUAAUGUGAAAGGAAUUUCAUCAGUGUCGCAUCCAUCUUUCCCUGUGAACAAACAGAGAGAAAAAGAAAUCAAAAGGUCAUUUAAAUCUAUUUCUCCAGUCCCUGCUAUUCCUGCAAAUUCCUUCCAGCUUGAGUCUGACUUCAGGAAGUUGAAAGACUGCCCAGAAAAUAUGUACUUGUACCUGAAGCAAAUAGAGCCUUCGCUUUAUCCAAAACUGUUUCAGAAAUCCUUAGAUCCAGACUUGUUUAACCAGAUACUGAAAAUUCUACAUGAUUUCUACAUUGAGAAAGAGGAGCCAUCACUCAUCCUUGAAAUCCUCCAGAGGCUAUCUGAAUUAAAAAGAUUUGAUAUGGCAGUGAUGUUUAUGUCAGGCUCAGAGAAAAAAAUUGCACAGGUAUUGUUCAAUCAUGUGAAACACACAGGAUUGAAAGAUACUUCUGUUGAAGAAUUGGAGAAGAAAUACGGUGUUUUCUCAUAGUGACAUGACUGACGUGUAAAUUUCUGUUUCUGCAUUUCUUUCAUCUGGAAAUCAGCUGAAGAAGCCUGUAAAGACUGGAGUUUUGUUGCUUUUGUAUAAGUAAUGAAACUCUCAAACUUGGUUUAGCCAAAUGGCAAGUGUCGAGAGAGAUAAUUACCUAGUUCUGCAGGUACAGUUGUUUUCCAGCACCUGAAACUAGACAGGUCUACAUUGUCUUCAGUGGAAUCUGUUUGCCUGAAAAAAAACAACUGAGCAGUUCGGCAAUCAGGAUUAGGACUGUAGAUAGAGAUCUUUAUUAAAAGGAAAAAUAAAUAUUUAUAAACAUGUCUUUGGUAAGAAUCAAAUGGUGUAUAUUACAAAUGUGCAUGUCUCUUAUUUUAGAAAAUAAACUGAAUGUUGAAUUGAAGAUAAUAAAUUAAGGAAUUUUUUUUUAUUAAGGUUCCUAAAUCAUUCUUCUCUAAGGAUAUACCACAUCAGAACAUGCAGUAUGCAAAGUGAACCUGAGGUAUGAUGGCCAAAAAAUUCCAGAGUUCUUUUGUUUGAGUUUACCCAAAACCUGAGUUUUAACAUUGACAGUUGAGAGGUUCCUGUGAACCUCAACUGUAAUUGCAGAAUAGAAAGAAGCCAAAUACUGUAGAGUUAAGCUAAAAGUGUAACUAAAAACACUUCUUGUCAUCUUCAUAGGGUACUUCUAAAAUAUUCUAAUGAAACUUACAUUUUGUGUCAGUUGUUCCUAACCAGCUAAAGCCCCUAAGAAGCCUCAGGAAGGCUAAGCAGAAUACCUUUCCAGUAUGAAGAAGGCAAAUACGUGAAAUCACUUGAAAUUCUUAGAUAAGAAAUAGCAUUAAUAAUAACCUAUUCAUACUGUUCACAUGACCAGAAGAAGGAAAUAACAGCACUUUUCAACUAUAUUGCAAGAUUUAACUGUAGUAUCCAAGUAGUGGCAUCUAAAAAUUUGCCCGUCUCAAGGCUUGACCAUUGUCUCUUUCAUCCUCCUGAUACUAACAUUCUGUCGGUUUGCUUUCAUCCCAGUUCAGCCCUUGUGCUUUAAUGAUCUUUAAUGAUGCUACUCUGACUGUGGAAGCCUUCUGACAGUAAUGAUUUUGUUUCGGUAGUUGUGCAAGUUUAAUCAUUCAGAGGAGUGAUUAAACAGCUGUAGCAUUCAAAAAGACUUCAACCUUCCAAAAUGGAUUGAUAGGAAAAAGUAUGAAUGUAGUCAGUGUUAGAAAACCAAUUUUAAAACACUUUCAGCUGUGUAAUGUCCUAGUUCAGAUAUAAUCCAGUUAAAAAAAAAAAAUAACAAAAAAACAAAACCAAAAACAAAACAGUAACUGAGUUACAUCCUUGGGCUGGGUAGCAACGGACAUGAAUGGAGCACUAGAUCCCUGAGGUAGCUUCCUCUUAGCCCUGGAACUGAGCACUAGGGGAAUAGCCAGUGUUACUGGGGAAAUGGCAGAGCCUUUAUGUAACGCUGCUUGCAGCUUACCUAUCCCAUGAACUGUUAGUACUAGGCGUGUCUCAACUGGCUGUUUCUUCCCCAUGUUGUAAAAUGUAUUGGGAUAGUGUUGUAAUUAAUAAAAGUUGAGGGGGGGAGUAGAUGCCAAGGUAAUUCUAUAUACCUUUGUAGAUACUGUGUACCUUCUUAUGGGCUGCUAGGAGUUGCUCAGUGUAGAGCACAAGUGUAUACCUGACUAGCUGACGCUACUAGAUCAUUUGGUACUUUCUCAGAAGCUGCUGCUUGAAGGUUGUUAGAUGAAAACAGGUGCUUGUUAAUAUGGAAUGGAUCUUUGACAGUAAAAGCAAGAUGACAGCAAAAGGAUUUGAAAACUGUAGGCCAGGAGUCACCUACAACUCCAUCCAGUCUGCUAUGCUUUUAAUGAGAAUAAGGUGUUACAUUUGGUCUCUGGUCCCGCUCCUGCUUUUAUGGAGAUUUCUGUUUGGGAUUUGCACGUGGUAAGGAAGGUUGAAAGGAAGCUGUUCGAGCUUGUAGAAUUCAGUGGGGUAAAUGGGUGGACCUGAUUCAUGUUGCUACAAAACUUAGGCCAUGAAGUUUUAUCUUGCAAGUGGUACACUACUGUAGCCUUUUGCUUGUAUUUCUAAAUGCUACAUCUGAUGGGGACUUGCAAAGUCCCCAAGAUUCCUUUUAAGUGCACAGAAAAUAGUGCAAGAUGGAGAGCAGAACGCAGGCAUUCAGAGAACUGCUAGCUUCACUUGUUCCAGGAGAUGGCAGUGUUUUUCCCUUAUAAAUGGUUAAAGAUUACCAAAUAUCUGAAUUAAAGACUUAAAUGAAAUGCUGAGAAGAUUUAUAGAUCUGAGGUAGAUCAAGAAUUCUUUUUGGGGAGAGAGGGAGAUUUUUUUUUUUCUUCUGUUUUUUUCUUUUUUUAAAUCCAACACCUCAAUGGUUACGUCCCUAUUGUGUCAGUGGAAAGAAGUUUUGAGGUAAAUAGCGUGAGGUAAUUAAGCAGUGUGAAAUAAUUUAUAGCCCUUUGCAGUAUUAUGGCAUUCAAGGUGUCAAAAAUCUGAGAUCGUGUUUACUGCAGUCAGUGACUGAUUCAGACUCACCUUUUGAAUGAUGCCUUUACUUACAAGUAUUAAAUGUUUUUUUUAGCUUUUUAACUUGUCAAGGUAAUUUUUUUAAAAGUUGUCCUCCAGUAUAUCUGAGAGACACUCAAACUCCAUGUUGUCUAUUGAUUUCAUAAUCUAGAUUGUUAGAAUACUGAUGGAAGUGAUCCUAAGACAUGCUUCCACAGAGCAUUUGUACAGCUUUCCAUUUUGAUAGUAGACUGUGAUUUUAUUUUUUUCUUUUGUUACAACUCUAGCUCUGCAUUCAUACAGUAAUAGUUUCAUCUGAACUGUGUUUGUCUUGCUUAUAAGCAUGUCCUGUGAUAUUCAGAUGUCAGGAUAAAGACACUUCAUCUACUGCUUUGUCAUUAUACUACUGUGAAAGAAAAUAUGUUAACAUAACUUGUUCCUGGCCAACUUGGGUCAGUUACGGUGGAAAACAUAAAUGAGGACAGAUGGAGUACUUGUUCCAAAAUAUUUUUUAGAAUUUAAAAUUAAUGGUCUUGACUCCGGUCAGGAAGUUUUUGCUGUUUGUCAUUUUCUCUCUCUUUCUGUUUAAAAAUAGACAUUUCAGCUUGUCUAAUUCUCAAAUAUAACUACUAGUACUACUACUGGUUUGGAGGCUACUUUUUUUAACAUAGUAUUAAUAGAGAAUUAACAUACCAAUUUUUGACAUAUCUUAUAGAGAAGUCUUUUGGGCCCAGAGAACCUGUGAACAUCGAACUUCAAGAAGCUUGCAUUCCAACCCAUUCUUUUCUUUUACUAGGCAGAGGUCUUUCUUUGUCAAUGAUGUGAAUACAGUUGCUUACAGUUGCCAUCACUAGGGAAUACUGAAGUGAAAACAGCCAUCGAACAGUUCAUUUCUAAUAUCAUCAGCUGUCAGUUGUUUCUCUUCCAUCUUGCAUAACUGACACUUCCCUUGAUUUUUUUCUUUUAAUACAGGUACACUUACAGAGCAAUCUCUUCUUCCUCUCCUCAACUGCUGUUUAUUUUGUUUUCCUCUUUUGGUUCUGGGAUGGCCCCUGAGUUGUCUUGUUUCUCUUACUUGAUAAUUAUUAUAUAAUCUAUCCUCAUUUCCAUUACUUAUGCUUUUCUCUUCUGAGAUCACUGAAAAGCUCUUUGGUGGUCAGGUUGGUCCCUUUCUACACUUGCUAUCCUUUCCUUUGGCAUGAUUUGAGCUUGUUAUCUUGAUAUAAUUUAUUUGGGAGCUGCCAGGUCUCCUGUACCCUUUUCCACCCUUAGAUUUUCCUCCUAUGAAAUAUUAUUGAGCAGAGUUAGAACAGAGGAAGUAGAGAGAAGACUAAGUGCAUGAAGCUUUCAAAGUUGCAUUUAGGUGCUGUCAUGUCUAGGCAGCUUGAGAUUACUGUCAAUAUUAGAAACUAAGCAUUUGGUUCAUUAAAUAGACAUUCUCUUUUCCCUCUUCCACCGAUGUCCCAUCUGAUGGCGACUAUAAGCCAAGGAGGCUUUCUGCCACUAGUUUGUUUUUUUUCUUUCUGUAAAUUAGUGCUUUUCUAGGAGUAGCAAGAAGGUCCUUAAUAAAAGCAUAGGGCUAUACAUUUGUUGACUCUCAUUUCUCCCCAGGUAAGAUUCACCCUGCAGCUUUUCUUUUGUAGCAGCUGUCAGUCACACUAUAUUUUUCUUUCUUGGAUCUUACAGAGCCAGUGAUGUUCUGAAUUGCAUUGUAUCACUGCUGCCUUUGCAAGAUGCUUUAGUAACUUCCUUAAUGUGUAUUUCUAAGGGUUGUGUUAUUCAGAGGACAAAAUUACCCUGCAAAAUCCUUUGUUAUUCAUUAUCCUUGAGAGAAGGAAACUAGCCUGACAUCUCAGGAACACAUCUUAAGUUUGAAUCUAGUCUUCAUUUAAUAUUAGCAAGUGCAAGUCUGACAAAGUACCUGGCACUGCAUUAGUGAUUAGUCUGACUUUAUCUGCUUUGCUGGUUAGGCUUAGAGGAAAUACAACUUUUGGAAUAAAGGGUGAACUUGUGUUUUUCACUGUUGUCACAUCUCUUAAGUAUGCAGUUCAGCCUGAUUUGCAGCAGUGAAGUUGUGUGGGUUUUAUGCAUGUCUGUUCCUUUUUCUUUGUACUAUUUCACAUGAUCUGUUUGUAUCAGAUCAUUCUCAUUACAUCUGUCACCAUGUGCCAAUUCACUCUCUGAAUUUCAGCCUUCCUUUUCACUGUGCCCUUUGUUUUCCAUCAGGUUUGAGACAUUGUAUUCUCCACUGCCUUCCCUCUCCUGUCAUUAGUUACAAGCAGCUCAGCCUCUAAGUGUCAUUUGAAGGCUCCUUUUAGUUUACUAAAAAUUUCUGCUCAAGGCUCUUUGUUUGUGAAAGCUCCUUCCAACCUUCCAACAGCUGUGCUUCUUCAGGCUCCGUUAUGUAGGAAUAUUCCACUCUAAUGUCUGGCUUUAUAAACUGAAGCAAGUACAGCAUAGAAACCAAGGGAAUUCAUUUUUUUCCCCUCUUUAUUUCCUAUUCAAGUGGUUGCUGAGUUCAGUUGUGGUUGGAUACGCUGGAAUUUCUUCUUUCUUCAUAGUAGCAGAAAGUAGUGUUUGCUUUCCAGACAUCAUCUUCAAACUAUAGUCAUUCCAAUCUGUCUUGUGACAGUUGUUGCAUUAAUAAAGUUUAAGAUAGCAGGGUAAAAGAUAAGUUUGGUUUCUGGUUCCUUAAUGCCAAAUAAGUCUAUCUGGGUUUUAAAGCAAGAAAUAUACCAUUAGGCACAAAUAUUGGUUACAUUAACCAAUAGCUGAGUAUACAAAAGUCUUCCUUUUCCUGAUGACUGAUGAGAUAGGACAUAUUGAUGUUCUGUAUAAACUAUUAAAGUCUUGUUUUGUGGUUACAUUCUUGGACAUGUCUGCCACAAUGAGCUGAGCAGCAGAUUGGAGUCUAAGUGAGGAAACCCACAAAAACCUCCAAAUAAACAAAAAAAAACCCAACCCAAACAAACAAACAAAAAAAAAACCUCCAGAUUUUUGACUUUUACAAUGUAUUACAGGAAUGACUGCUUGUACUUCAGGCUGCAAGGGCAUGUACUUAGAAGCAACUUCCUUCCUAAAGAAUCAGCAGUCUGUACAAAUAUCACCAAAAAGCAGAGAAGAGAUUAAAUGAUUGAUUUGCCCAGGUGUGAUUGAGAUGGGAGAAUAUUAUCUGACUCCUUACGUCAAAAUCUGGUGUCUUUCUGGCUACACCAGGCUGAGUACUCAGUUUGACAAGUGGUGCUUGAAUUUGGUUUAUAAUGAAUUGCUAUCACUUCUGGAAAAAUCAGGGACGCUUUGCUGACUUCAGAAAAGUGUACUCCAGAGUCUUUGCUGGGAAGUGGAAAUGCUGCCAACUUCUAAAAUAGCCUGAAAUUCAGACUGUUGAAAUAAGUAAUGAGCUACUGCUGUACACCAAAGCCUGUGUGUAACACCAUGUAGCACAUGAGCCUUGAGGGCUCCAAUUCUGUCCUUGUCUUUGCAUUUUAUGAUUGGAUUCUGGUGACUGUGAAAAUUAGCAAGGCUAUUACAGGGUUACAUCUUAUUAAAUGCAGUAUUUAAGUGAAAAUGUGUGUAUAUUUUCAACAGAUGGGUAAAAACAUUCUAGGGAAUAUUUUCCGUACAAUCUGUAACAAAGAAAGUACAUGAAAUAAAUUGCCAGACCUCUGA